GGGCCGAGGCAGCCAGAGGAGGGAGCGGGCCGGGGGCUCCCUGUUGCCCUGGUUACGCCGAGGCACGUGUGCAGUCCCGGAAGCGGCUCCGGGAAGCUGCCCAGCGCGCGCAGCCGGAGGAAGCGCAGCCCGGUCCGUUGGGGUCGGGUCCGGCUGGGCCAUGGAGCUGUUGCCUGAGCCCGCGCCCCGGCCCGGACCCCGCUGUCUUCUGCUUCUCUCCCUGCUACUGUUGCUGCUGCUGCUACUGCCGGCCCCGGAGCUGGGCCCGAGCCAGGCGCAAGCCGAGGAGACCGACUGGGUUCGACUCCCCAGCAAAUGCGAAGUGUGUAAAUACGUUGCCGUGGAGCUGAAAUCAGCUUUUGAGGAAACCGGCAAGACCAAGGAGGUGAUCGACACAGGCUAUGGCAUCCUGGAUCGGAAGGCUUCCGGAGUCAAAUACACCAAGUCCAUUUCAGAGCCCCCAGACCAGAUGACCUAUCUUCCUUCCAGCUCUGACUUCCCUUUGCCCCUCUCGUGCUGCUGUCUCUGCAGGGACUUACGGUUAAUCGAAGUCACUGAGACCAUUUGCAAGAGGCUCCUGGACUAUAGCCUGCACAAGGAGAGGACCGGCAGCAACCGGUUUGCCAAGGGCAUGUCUGAGACCUUUGAGACACUGCACAACCUGGUCCACAAAGGGGUCAAGGUGGUGAUGGAUAUCCCCUAUGAGCUGUGGAAUGAGACCUCUGCAGAGGUGGCUGACCUUAAGAAGCAGUGCGACGUGUUGGUGGAAGAGUUUGAGGAGGUGAUCGAGGACUGGUACAGGAACCACCAGGAGGAAGACCUGACUCAGUUCCUCUGUGCCAACCACGUGCUGAAGGGCAAGGACACCAGUUGCCUCGCAGAGCAGUGGUCCGGCAAGAAGGGGGACACAGCCGCCCUGGGAGGGAAGAAGUCUAAAAAGAAGAGCGGCAAGGUCAAGGCCUCGGGCAGCGGCAGCAAACAGAGGAAGGAGCUAGGUGGCCUUGAAGAAGACCCCAGCCCCGAUGAGGAUGAGGGCAUCCAGAAGGCAUCCCCCCUUACACACAGCCCCCCGGAUGAGCUUUGAGCCUAACCCAGUGCCCCCUGUAUCGUGACCCCUGACCUGGAAGCUGAAGAAUCUGGGGCACAGCUCUGGCAGGCAGAUGGCUGUCCCUCUCCAAGUCCUCCCUGCCGUGCCGGCUUCCUGCCGGGAAAGACACAGGGCCAGGGAAGAGCUCAGAUCAGCUGCCGUCAGCCUACCGACCUCCUCCCUCUGCCAAGCGGCUGUCCUGACCCAGGCUUCGGGCAGGCCAUGCGAUUUCACGCCUGCCAAGGACUCCAGUAUGAACUCCGGAGGGGCAGGUGUGGAGAGGGCACCCAGCCUUCACCUCCCCUCACUCCUUCCCAGCAGGGAAGCAAGACUACAGGCCUCCCCACCCCUGCUUAUCCCCUCCUGUGGACACCUUGCACUCUGCCCGGCCCUCCCCAGGGCUCACAGAGUAAAAACCUUUUGGCCUU